CGCGGCCCUCGACGCUGAAAUCCCCAUUUGGCUAGCCGGCCCCCUAGUGCCCAACGCGGCGAACCUCGUUAGCGGUCCCUCAGUACACCCGCAGUCCAAAAUGGGACAGCUACUCUCCCAACCUGCCGCGGAGCCGCCUCAACCCAAGGCGGCGGAAGCUCCUCGCAAGCCGUCGCUCAACGCUAAGACCAUGGCGACCACCAUCCCGAUGCGAACCACCAUCAGCAACGCUGAGAAUGACCCCGUUGUCAUCGAGGACGACCUCUCUGAUUCGACUAUCGUGGCGGUCAAGCCGAGACCCAAGUCCCAGGCUCUAUCGAAAGCCAAAUCCAGCCAUUCGCUCUACUCCUACAAGCAGUACCGCCCUGCACCGGCGGUCGUGUACACUCAGCACGAAGAGGAGGCGAAUGACCUCGUUCAGACGUUGAAGGGUCCCCUUGGAUUCGACCUCGAAUGGGUUGUCAACUUCCGACGCGGGAAGAAACCGAGCGAGCGACGGACUGCUCUCGUCCAACUCUCUGACGCGCGUAUGAUCCUGCUGAUACAAGUGAGCUCGAUGAAGAAGUUUCCGCAGAAAGUCAAGGAAGUAAUCGAGAACAAGGACAUCAUCAAGCUCGGCGCCAACAUUCGCAAUGACGGCCAGAAACUAUUCCGCGACUUCGGCCUCCACCCGGCCGGGCUCGUCGAACUUGGCGCUCUCGCCGGUCUUGCCGACCCUUCCUUCAAGCAGACUUACAAUCGCUCUAUCGUGGCCCUCGCCAAAGUUGUUGAGCACUACACGCACAAGACGCUUGACAAAGGCAAGGUUCGCACGAGCAACUGGGAUGCGAAGCUUUCGCAGGCGCAGAUCACCUACGCUGCCAAUGAUGCGCACUGUGCGCUCUCCGUAUACAACGUCUUGAUGGCGGUUGCGGCCGGACAACAGCGUGAAGUGGACUGGAGGUCGUGCGCAGCGGAUCUGGCGGUGGACUACCGCGAGAAAUGCGUCGUUAACGCCCAGGCGGCUCCUACUAUACCCUCGCAGGCCGCCAUGACCAGCGGCGCGGAUGGAGGCGCGGAUGGGCCGCAGGGGAGCGCCUCCAUGUCCGCACCGACAUUCACGCAAUCGCAGUCACAACCGGAGCGCAGGGUCUGGAAUCCGUUCGCGCGCCAGCCCUCGUCUUGCAGUACAUCGUCCAGCCAGACCUGGGUGCAGAGGGAGCCGCCGCGUCCCCAGCACCUGCGCGCGUACAACCUCUGGUACCACCGUGACAUGCCCCUCGCCGAUAUCUGCGCCGCACUCCGGAGCAAGGACAACCCCCUCGCCGAGAGCACCGUUAUCUCAUACGUGGUAAGAGCGUUGCAGGCUGACCCGAGCCUGCCGUUCUCGAUGGAGCGCCUGAAAGCGUUCGUCCAGCUGGAAGCUGGGUCGUGGAGGCGCCAUAGGGACUGGAUUUUCGAGAAGGACGGGUACAAGAAGGCGUAGGGAAAAGCUCCACGAGACCACAGCUGAAUGUUCUUGGUGAUGUUAUCUCCUUGCUUUAUGGGUCUUCGGUGCCUCGGGAUACCCCACCCCGCGGCGAUGUGUUAUCUAACGAGUAUUCAGGAUGUUACACGUGCUUGGCUUUUGUUUGUACUCUCCUUACAUGUACUGAAUGCUUGUAGACGGUCAGUAGUCCCGCAUCGUCGUAGGUGUUGUAUGCAAUAUAUCAU